ACCAUUUUUGAUUAUCAUCCAUCAUCUCACUCACUGAUAUUUAUACAUUCAAAUAUUUAUUUAUUUUCAAGUUUUACGCAAAUCUCUUUCACUCUUAAACCUCAUAACCUUAGAGAUCAUCAGUCAUCAAUCAUCUUCUUCGUUGUUAUCACUUCUUUAGUAGCUCUCAACGAGAUUUCUCCAAAAUCAGCGAUGCCUUUAACGAGAUCAAAGAGUCUUCCGGCGACGGAGAACGGUGGAUCCGAUCGGGAGACACUCCAAUCAGGAAGAUCAGUGGCUGGGAUUCUCUAUAAAUGGACUAAUUACGGAAAAGGAUGGAGAUCUAGAUGGUUCCUCCUCCGCGACGGAAUCUUAUCGUAUUCCAAGAUCCGAAGACCGGAGAAUGUCAAUCUCUUAUCUCCUUCCGAUGAUCUGAGGUUAAUCGGAGAUAUUUCCACCGAUCGUCUCUUGAGAAUGAAGAGUUGUAGUGGCCGUAGUCGUCGGAAACAUCACAAAAACAUUGGCAUUGUUCAUCUCAAGGUAUUGGCAGUACUAUGAGUCUCAAAGUUCAUUGUCGAAAAACCAAAUAGCCAAAAUACAAAAACCUUUUUUUUGGCUGGUGCUACUACAAUCUGGUAUUGCAGGACCAGAUCAGGGUCUCAAUUUGUUGAACACAUUUUACAUCUUGUUAGAAUUUGGUUUAUUUUGUAGUAAAGCCAAGAAGUGUUAGAAAUUUGUCACCUUUGGUCACAUGUAAAAACUCUUUAUCUUUUGAUUUUUUUGUUUGUUUCUUGAUUUUGUUUCCCAGGCAUGGGCCUGAGUUCUUUUGAUUUGUGUUUGAUUUUUUUUCUUUGCCAUCUUAUCCUUGGCUAAUUCCAUGGAUCAUUGACCAGUAGAUUUAGUUAUAUCCUUUUUAGUGGAGUUUCUACAUGAUUGGUGAAUGGUAGGUGUAGCUAGUCGGUAGGAAAUAAUCAAGUGUGGAUAAAUAAUGGAGUGUAGCUGUGUUGGAGCUGAAGGCCUCCUCUUGGAGAAAUUCUAGCCAUAUAUUUUUUUGUUAACUUGUAAGAGUUAUAUUUGCUUAUUCUAAAUACUCCAAAGCUUAUCCAGACAUAAGCUUUGAGUCUGUGUUUAUUUCUUUCUCUGAGUAAUUGCAUUCUUCUGUGUUUGCUUUUUAAUUUUUUCGUUAGAACAUGGAACUUGUAAUUAUUAAUUGUUCACAGUUUGUUUUUGAACAUGAGAGCCUCUAAUCUGAUCUUAACUUAUAGACUUUUAUUAGUUGGAAAAAUGUUUACUCGUUUGAGGGCUUAAGCCUGUAAUUAGAUGAAUAUCAUUUCAUUCUUUUGUUUUCCAGCAGGUUUCAUCUUACCGAGAAAGCAAGUCUGAUCAUAGAAAGUUUUAUAUCUUUACUGCAACCAAGACUCUGCAUCUGAGGACUGAUUCUAGAAGUGAUAGAGCAGCAUGGUUACAAGCUUUAGCAUCUACCAGGGGCAUAGUUCCUCUCCAGUCAAUUAAUGGGGAUUUCUCCUUCGUAUCACCAAAGGAUUUAUCCAUAUCUACCGAGAGACUAAAGAAACGGUUGUUUGAAGAGGGAAUGAACGAGAGUCUUGUAAAAGAGUGCGAGCAGAUCGUGGAUUCAGAGUUCUGUGAAGUUCAAGAACAGAUUAAACUUCUUCACGAAGAGCGGAAAAAGUUGCUUGAUGCUUUGAGGCAGCUAGAGAUGGCCAACCUUGAAGCUGAAGCCUCAGGGAUCCAUGACGAUGUCUACCAAUUAAGAAAUCACAAGUAUUCCAGCUUAGGACGUGGAAAAUAUAGUGAAUGCAGUACAAGUGCUUCAUCUGAUGAUAAGCAAGAGUUUGAGGAUAUCUCUGAGGAAGACGAGGCUUCCUUCCAUGACACAAAGGAGUCAUUUGGUGAACCUGAUGUUGGUUCUGUGCUCACGCAUUUUAAGAGACGAACAAAGCUUCCUGAUCCAGCAGAGAAAGAGAGAGGUGUCAGUCUCUGGUCUAUGAUCAAAGACAAUGUUGGAAAGGAUCUCACACGAGUUUGUCUUCCUGUUUAUUUCAAUGAACCAAUAUCUUCCCUCCAAAAGUGUUUUGAAGACUUGGAGUACUCUUAUCUCUUGGACCAAGCAUAUGAAUACGGAAAAUCCGGGAAGAGUCUCCUUAGAGCCCUCAAUGUCGCUGCUUUUGCAGUCUCUGGUUAUGCUUCCACCGAAGGACGACACUGUAAACCUUUCAACCCUUUGCUCGGAGAAACAUAUGAAGCUGACUUUCCUGAAAAGGGAAUUCGUUUCUUCUCUGAGAAGGUUAGCCACCAUCCAACAGUUAUCGCCUGCCAUUGCGAAGGUAAAGGGUGGAAGUUCUGGGGCGACACAAACCUCCGGUCGAAGUUUUGGGGGAGAUCGAUCCAACUUGAACCCGUUGGAAUCUUGACUCUCGAGUUUGAUGAUGGAGAAAUUUUCCAGUGGAGCAAAGUAACAACAACUAUAUACAAUAUCCUACUUGGUAAACUGUACUGCGAUCACCAUGGGAUAAUGAAAAUCCGUGGAAAUCGCCAAUAUUCUUGUAUGUUAAAGUUCAAGGAGCAAUCGAUUCUUGAUAGAAAUCCCCACCAGGUUAAUGGUUUUGUAGAAGAUGUAACUGGAAAAAAGGCUGCGACGGUAUUUGGUAAAUGGAAUGAUAGCCUUUAUUAUGUUGCUGGUGAUGGAAUCAACAAGGCAAGCGCCUCAUUACUGUGGAAAGCGACAAAGGCACCACCUAAUGUCACCAGAUACAACUUUACAUCAUUCGCGAUGACGCUAAAUGAAUUGAUACCUGGUUUGGAGGAAAAGCUGCCUCCAACAGAUUCUAGGCUCCGACCAGAUCAACGACACUUGGAGAACGGUGAAUAUGAGAAGGCAAAUGAAGAGAAACAAAGAUUAGAGAGAAGACAAAGAAUGUCACGGCAAAUUCAGGAAAGUGGGUGGAGACCGAGAUGGUUCGAGCCUCAAGGAGAGAGUGAAAGCUAUAAGUAUACGGGCGGUUAUUGGGAAGCACGAGAUGUUAAAAGUUGGGAUGAUUGCCCUAACAUAUUUGGAGAGUUCACCGAAGAGGUUGCAGAUUGUGCUUAAGCCGAGGUAUUAUAAUAUAUCAAAAGUUGUGAUAUUCGUCAAGUGGUUGAUACCCGCAAGUAACUAUAGAAUCUUGAUCACCCGAUCGAUCCGUGAAUCAGCUCAAGAUAAUGGUUACAACUGGGAUCUAAGAUUAUUAUGGUUCAUGGCUAAGGAGGAACGUGAGCCUUCUGCCCCCUAGGGAUUGAUUCUCGAUAGUGAACAGAGCUUUCUUUUGGUUUGAAUUUUCUGUUUAUUUAAACUCCGGAGAUCAGAAGAUGAUAGAUAUAUUCUUUUUCAGUUCUUUUGUAGUAAUGUUUCUGCUAUAGCUUCAAAAGAUGGUCCGAUAAAGAGAAUUUAAAGAGCCUCACUGUAAAGGUCACUGAGAGAAAUGCAACUCGGUUCCAACAUUUGGACAAAUAUUAUUUGUGAUCUAUUUGUAUUAAUUCAAUACAAAGGAAGCGAUUGAAAUUUGA